AUUCAAACUCGACGGGUUCUAUAUUUGCAUAAAUACUUUUCAGUUUGCAUUCAUAAAACAGUACAUGCUACCAACAAUUGAAAGUCAUUUAAAUUCAAAAUGUUAAGUUAUUGGAAAUGAACGAACUGUACCUUAAUAAACAAACAAUACAGUAUGAAUAAGUACUGAUAUCAUAACGACAACAGACAGACAGAUAAUCAGGAAUUAUACUGCAAUAUUACUGACGAUAACUCGGCUGUCUUAUUCCUUGUAUAUAUUCGUACAUAGGUUAACUAAUCUUUGGAAGUUCCGAAAGAACAAAAGUGAAUCAAUUACAUGAAAGGGAAUAAUAGCUUAAUAUCCCUCUUCACUUAUUCAAACAAGGACAUGAUCAUGUAAUUGAACGACAUUGGAAGAUAUAUAAUAGUGGAUUUACUAAUACUUGGCAGCCCUUGUAAAUUGUCGACCAUCAGUAAUAUUACCGAAGGAACAUUUUGGUCACAAAUUGAAUGAUCUGGGCUCUUUAUUCUCAUCCCUUAAUCUUGCCUCAGGCACUGAAGAGAGGGUAAGACAUAGAACAACAACCCAGGCGCCAGGCUGUGAUCCAGAGGACUCACUGUUGAUGGUAAAGGUCCACGAGUAUACGUUCUGUAUCUUAAGUAAAUACUGCUAGAGAACCAGAAAGACAAAAUGGACCAGCGCCUACACGGUGAGAUUAUCACUCGAAAAACAAUGAAAAACGUCCAGGCCGAUCUACCAAAGAAACCGAAAGAGGAGACAACAUCUACAAAUAAUGGUGCGGCGUUCGUUACUGAAUAUGAAAUACCAGAUAUGAACCGUGAAAAUGACUUUAGGUACGUCCAGUCGUGGGAAAGUUACAUAACUGAUAUAUUACUAGGUUCUGCUAUCAUUGAUAAAGCGGCAAUCUAUGACUUAGAGGGGUUUCGUCUGGCAGCAACUGACAAUUUUUUCCUCUCUGCUGAAGAGUUCUUGGACAUAUUAGACAAAUUCAGAUGGCCUGAUAAAGCAUAUAAAGAUGGCGUGACUGUGUUCGAUAAACACUACAAAGUAGUCAUGGCUGAUGGAUUACAUGGUAUUUUAGCGAAGACGGGGGUCCCAGGCUUACUUCAGGGCCUAUCACUUUGCAAAACUAGGAAGUUACUCGUAGUUGCUAUCCAUAAAGACAAUAAUAAACUUGAAAAAUGUAACCAGGUCGUCAUGGAACUUGGAGACUUUUUUAUUCAAAAGGGACUUUAAUAGAUGAUAGGCUAUAUAAUAUAUGUUAAACAAGUGUCGGCCCUAUUAAUUCCAUUCAAAAACAACAGCUAUGUACAAAUGAUUUCACCAGUCAAUUGUUGAUUAAAUUAAAUGAUAGAAUAGAACUCAGUCAUAUAUAUAUAUAUAUAUUACGUACUUCUGUUUUUAUAAAGAUAUAUAUGACAUGGAGCUGAAACUGAUUUUUGAUAGUCUCUUUGAUCACAAGUGUUUUCUCAGCUAAAACUGGACUCUUAUCAUCAAAUUAAUUAAUACGUUUAUCUUUAUUGAGGUCCCCAGGAAAAUAAAAUAAAUUUAUCAAUUCCACUCCAUCAAAAAACGUAGAAUGGGAUCUACACUCACAUUUUUCAAAAUAUCGGA